AUGAACCAGGAUGAUCUCUCCAAACAACUGAAUAGCUUCUCCAUAUCCUCAAGCGAAGAAAAGAUUACAGAGGCAUUGAACAAGACACACAUAGCAUCCACACCCACUGUGCCAUCCAUUUUUAGUCUUCCAUCACAGCCAACACAGCCAUCACCAUCACAGCAGCCUUCUUUUUACAGUGGAGACGUGCAGAACAAAACCAACUACCUCAACACAGAUACAACCUCGGACUGGGAUCCAUCAUCAUCAUCUACCAGCCAUUGGAAUCAUACGCCAUCACAGACGACUGUAACAGAAGAUGGCUGGGGAGACGGACCUCCCAGCUAUACAAGCAUCUCGCAAGGCACCUACUUUGGCUUCAAUUCCAUCCUGGAAGCACCCAAUGCCAUACUGGCCCACUCAACGCAUGCAAACGCAAGCACAAAUACCACAGCCUUCAGUCGUUACAGAGGCAUGCCAGUGACAUUUGCUUCAGCUGCGGCAGAGGCUGCUGCUGGUGCUACAAAGAACAGUGAUAUACCAAAAUAA